GUCCCACCCUCUGCACUGAUCUGUAUCAUAAGACAGAUUUAUUUCAUUUCUUCUUGUUCCCUAGAAUGGCGUCUGCAGACCUGGAAGCUGAGCUGAGCUGCUCCAUCUGCCUGAGCACUUAUACAGACCCUGUAUCCCUGAGAUGUGGGCACAACUUCUGCCGGGACUGUAUUGUGAGGGUGCUGGAUACACAGGAGGGAGCUGGAGUCUAUUCCUGUCCGGAGUGCAGGACAGAGUAUCAGGAGCGCCCGGCACUGGAGAAGAACAGGAAGCUGAGUAACAUUGUUGAAAGUUUCCGAAGUAGUCACCCAGAGCCGGAGGAGACCCCAGUCUUCUGUACUUACUGUAACUCUCCUGUGCCGGCUACUAAAUCAUGCCUGCAGUGUGAAGCCUCAUUUUGUGACAAACACUUGAGCAAACACAGUAUAUCCACUAAACAUGUUUUAACUGAACCCACUGUUUCCUUUGAGGAUAGUAAAUGCUCCGUACACAAGGAGAUGGUGAAGUAUUACUGCUCUGAGGACUCAUCCAUUAUCUGCAUAUCCUGCUGGGUGGCCGGAGACCACCAGGGUCACCACGUGGAGCCUCUGGAUGUGGCCUCUGAGAAGAAAAAAGAGACACUGAGAUCUGUCACUGAGACCUUGAAGUCUGAGAGAGAGGAGACUGAGAGGAGAGUGCAACAUCUGCAGGGUCAAAGGAGAGAGGAGAAGGGGAAAGCUGCCGGUGUCACUGAGAGAGUCACUGAUCUGUUUAGAGACAUCAGGGAGAAGGUAGACAAUCUGGAGAGGGGGGUCCUGGGUGAAAUCUCCAGACAGGAAGAGCAGAUGUCACUCUCAGUCUCUGAUCUGAUCACACAGCUGGAGAAACAGAAGGAUGAGCUGUCCAGGAAGAUUAGUAGCAUUGAGGAGAUAUGUAACGUCACUAAUCCAUUAACUGUCCUGAAGCAAGAACCAGAGAGUGAUGUCAUCAGUCACAGGAGCUGUGAUGUCACCAGUGAUGUAAGAGUCGCUGGAUGUCUGGAUGAGAUGAUAAUCUCACAGAUGUUACACAGGAGACUUUUACACUUGUCUGAUAAUCUGAUGGAUCUACAGAUAAAGAGACAGCUCUCAGUGAUGGAGAAAGCAGACAUAUUACUGGAUAUAAAGACAGCCAGUAAUUACAUGAUUAUAUCAGAGGAUUGCAGAUCUGCAUCUUAUACUGAUGUAAAUCAGCAGAGACCAGAUGGACCAGAGAGGUUUUUAGUCCAGCAGGUGUUAAGCUCCUGUAGCUUCUCAUCUGGGAGACAUUACUGGGAAGUGGAUGUGAGUGCAGCAGAGAAAUGGCUGAUAGGGGUGGCCGGUCACAGUAUGGAUAGAAAGAUAUGUGGUAAUGAAUCAUUCAUUGGUUAUAAUAACAAGUCAUGGAACCUGAGCUUUACUAACAAACUUGGAGCACGUCAUAACAAUAUAUAUAUACAUAUAAAUCCAUAUUCUCCUGUGCAGACAGUAAGGAUAUACCUGGACUAUGAGGCCGGGCGUCUGUCCUUCUAUCAGCUGUGUGACCCCAUCAGACACUUACACACCUUCUCCGCCACCUUCACUGAGCCCCUAUAUGCUGCCUUCUGUAUCUACAAUAAUUCCUGCAUCAAAGUCAUAAAGUAAAUAGUGUAACAAGGAAAUUAUUUGCAAGAAAUCGUAAAAUAUAUUAACUCACUGUGUGAAAUUAAGAACUGAACAUUACUAAUGUAUUUCUUUGGAUUUUUUUUUCCAAUAAUAAUCUAGAACAGUCCAAAUACUAUAGUAGAGGUGGGAUCUAUUUGUUGUAUAAUUAAUAUAUGUGUUUAUGAGAGAGUAACUUCCAUCCAGAACUUUUAUAUUGAUUAAGUUAUAAUAACAUAUAAAGUUCUGUAUAACGUGGGUGCAGAGUUCCCCUGAUCCGCAGACUCCAGAGGUCAGUGAUCCAGUGCUGGUCUGUUCCCUGCUACUAAGGAGGGUCUGUGUCAGGCAGACAGUGCUGGUGGUGAUGCCGCCCUCUGUAGGAAGCCACAUUUAUGAAGGUCUCAGGAGAGGGGCAUAAAACUAUCAUCAUCUACUAUGUUUGGGACAGGCUUUCUUAGUAGACAAAAACAGAGCUGACAUGUCCAUUGGAGGCUGCAGUGACACCUGCUGGAUAAGAGGAACACUGCACCCCUAGUGAGCAGAAUUUUAUAGCUUACAGUAUUAUAAGUUGGUGACAUCCAUCUAAACUAGAGUGUCAGUUCUUGGAGCAGUUCUGUAAGAAUAAUGCCAGAGAAUUGUAUAAUUUGUAUUUAAUAUAAACUGGAUAAUAUACAUUAUAUUCUGAUAGAAUUGUAAUAAUGCAUUUUCCCUCAUGACAUGUAGCGUGUUACAUGUGUAUGUACAGCAGUCUCCUGGGUGGGUGUAUGCAGUGUGUUGGGUUUCAUUCCUAUAGUUUGGACCUUUUUUGGGUUUCUGUGGGUGAUAAGGAAACAGGACCCUCAGUGCAUGUGCGGGUGAGCGUAGAUGAUGCAGCAGAUAAUACACUGUCACUAAUAACAGGAAUAGGAGCCGUCACCUUAUAUACAGACAUGAAUAAAGAUGUAUCAGAUAUAUA